UGCAACAACAACAAUAAUGGUGGAUGGUGGGUGUCGGAAUUAAUGAAUCAAAGUGUGGACUGUGAGCGGAAUGUGUACACUGAAUCAUCGCCGGAUUUGAGCCGUGAGGGACUGAAAGAUUAAAGUGUGGCCAUGGGGCUGAAGAGGGGCAGCGCAGGCAAUUCUGGCCUGCGUGCAGAGCUCCUCCAGUUGGCUUCACGGCUUCGUCGGGAACAUCUGUUUGUGAACUCGGAAAAGCGAGAGCUUCAGCGGUUGAACGAGCAUGUGCAGCGCUCUGUUGAACGCCUACAGCAUCUCUCAUGGAUCUCGCGGCAGCAGCGCAACGCAUUGGAAGCCCUCGUCCUCGGUCGUGAUGGCAGCCCUGCCUCAUGCUGCCAGCGCCUGAAUGCCCUCGAGGAUGCAUGCUUUGUGGAUUCGUACCGCAUGUUGGGCAUGAAUGACAACGCAUAUGCAACAUUGCUUCGUGGCUUGCGUCAAGAUCCCUGUCUGGUGGCUGUGUGCCUUGUGCGUGGCCCUACAAGUCAGCUCCAGGCGGUCGUAGAUAUUUUAGUAUCAUGUGUGUACGGCUGCGGGACCCUCUCGGAAGACCAGACACUGAUGCUGCAACUCUUGCGCGAGUUGAUGGUGCUGCAGCUGGAAGGCUGCGAGAAUGUGCGGCGUCUUCUGCAGCAUGGCUCUUGUGCCUUCAGUCGCUUCUACAAAGCCUUCACUGAGGGUCUUCCUGGUGCACAGCUGUUCCUGACUUCAGCCCUGCACACAGCACUGAUACAGGUGCUAGUGGAUGAUGACCUGUACUUGGACAUUGAUCCAAGCAAAGCUGUUGUGCGAUUCCCGGCUGACGAGAGGCUUCGUCACUUUGGUGCCAAGGAUUCUCCCGACUAUGCACGCCGUUUAGGGGCCUAUCGAGCUUGGACAAUUGAUCGGCUGGCCCGGCUUGCUCAGGGCUUUGUGGAUGGCCUGCGUAGCUCAUGGCCGUGGCUCCCAGCACCGUUGGCAUGGCUGGUGCGCCGUUUGCAUGCGACACUUACGCAUAAUGGAGCUAGUGAGGACCCUCGUGCUGGAGUGGUUUGUGCCGACCUUGUCUUCGCCUUUUUCAUCUGCCCUGCUGUGGUCAGUCCCGAGCUGCACGGCCUUGUUGACAUACACAUAACACCAAUUGCACGAUUCAACCUCAUGCAGGUAGCCCAAAUCAUCCAAGUGCUGGCAUUGGCGCGCUGGGAGCGUCCAGAUCCGCGCUUGUCGGACCUUUAUGACCGUUUCCCAAGGGAGUGUAUCUCAUCCUUGUUGGACUCCCUGCUUUUGGGGGAUGGGGUUGUCGGAAACCAGGGUUCCCAGGCAGUUGCCUCUGUGCCUACCACAGCUCCUCAGCUGGAAGAACUGGCACGUGCAGCAUUCCUUGCAUCAGAGGCACAACUAGCCACACUGGUGUCAUUUUUACGAAAUGUAACAUGGCCACUGUGUGAGAGCAAUCAUCAGAAAACCCUUAACUCUCUACUUGAGCCGCUACCAUUGUCUACGGAUUCAUCCAAACAGACAGCAGCAAAAGCUACAGCACCUAAAAAGAGUGCAGAUGUUGAAGAUGAUUCAGCGGCCUCCGACUCUUUGCCUGAAGAGGUCCUUGUGAUACCGAUGCCAGACUUUACACCUGAGUGUCCUGGCAUGCUUAGCGAAGAAAAGGUCUUGAGCAUGGAACAGCAGAAAAGGCAGACACGUGUGCGAAUGAAUGUGGAACGAGCAGUAGCUGAUGCUUGUGAUGGUGCUGCUGUUGAGACAAUUGAAAAGCGGACCAGGUUUUCACUUUCCCAGGAUCAAGAGUCAAUAGGUACAAGUGACAAUCUUGAAGCAGUCUCGGAAGCGGCAUCUAAUCACUCUGUUGCAUCAUCUCUUGAAUUAGAAAAUGAAAACGACAACUAUUCUGAUAUGGUUUCUGCAAAUGUGAGCGGACAUGGAACUCCAAAUGUCAGUGGCAGGGACACACCUUCAUCUCAAGUAGAAGAAGAAGAGCCAAUGGAGCGACCUCCAACAAAUCAAAACCAAGCUGACAUAGAAGACAAGUUUGGCAAAUUUGAAAUUAGCCCAGCUGCUCCUGUGCAAGGGGAUGAGACGAAGUCGAUUGUGAGUGACACAUGGAGCACUGAUGUACUGGCGAGUGAUUCAGAGAUGCUGGACCAAGUGAACCUGGUCGCACAAAUGCAGCUCCUGGAGACACACUUUCAGUCAACCCACGAGACUUGUGGUGACACAGGUAGUGACGCCUGGAGCACUGAAGUGGCUGCCUCAGACAAUGAGCGCCUUCAAGAAGUUGACACUGAUGACACUGGCAGUGUGGCACGCUCUGAUGAUACCAGGUCUGAAAUAUCUGCUGGUGGAGAUGAAGAAAUUGCACCAGCACCUCUCGCUGAUCGCCAUGCAAUGCGCCAUCGCCAUCAUCACCAUCACCGACACCACCGGCGCAGUAACCUGAGACCGCCACCGCAGUCCCCCAAACAGCCUCUGAUCCCACAGCAACUUGGAGUGUCUGCAGGAUCCUGUGGUGAUGGCCCUCUGGUGACAGCGCAGGCAUCAGUAUCACCUCGGGCAUCAGCACCACUUGUGGACUCUAUCCUGGAAUCUCCUCAGGCUUCCGCACCACCAGUGGAGCAAGCAUCACCAAUUUUGGAUGGUAGCUUCUCCCCGCCACAAAGCAACUCUUCAACAAGCAUCGGCCUUGCACCCUGCGAACUGCGCUUUUUUGACCCACUGGCUGUACAAGUAGAGCUGCGACAUCCAGAAAAAGUUCAGGUGCAGGACACGGCAGCGGCUGCCUUGGUCAGUCUUGAUGGAGCUGAAGAGGAUGUGACACCUACUGGCACACAGGCCACACCUUCACCGUCGGGUAGUGUAAUGGCAGAAGACUCCACUCUUCAGACCGCUGUCUCCAAAGGAGGUGGGGCAUCUCCAACUCCGCCUUCUGAAGGCAUGCAGAGCCUGGGCCGCCUUAGCUUGGCUGUUAAGGAGCUGCCCGAGGAAGAAGCUCUCCUGUUGCUCCAAAGUGAGGAAGAAGCUGUGAAGGCCGCCACAGAAGACGAGCGUGGUGCAGGCGACAAGAGGACUAAGAAUUUCUUCAAGGCAAAGCUAUCCCAGUUCAGAUUCAGCUUCAAGCCAAAGCAACGAAAGUCUAAUGAAGUAACACAAAAUGGAUCAGAUGCACCACGAUCUGCUGCUGUCCCUGACUUGGGUCCAAAUGCAGCUGACAUUCUGGAAAAGUAUAGAGGUGCAGGCCCAGUGGGGGCCAUUGGUGGCACAGUUGAGGCCACAAGCAGCAAUGGGGCUUCCCCCAGCACGCCCUUAGAGCCCUUGCAGCCACAGCCACUACCAUCAUCGCAGGGAGGAAGUGAAGAGGGCCUGCUCGAAGACGCUCAGAAGAAGCUGCGCUUGGUGCUGGCAUUAGCUGAUCUUCCACAGGGAGGCCCACAGGAGCCUGCAGCACUGCUUCAGGGCUUGCUGGCUCAAGCUACACUACUGCAAAACAAAACACUAGCCUCACACGUUCAUGAGGCCCUUCGUUGCUUGCGCCUCUUGGACGAGUUACAGUGUCUACGAGUGCUCAGGGCUCUCGAAGAUGAGCACCGGCGCCGAGCUCCCUACAUAGCAUACCUGGUGCGCUGCCGCCAAGGGUUGCUGGCACUGCACGCACAGCUGGAGACACGACUGCGCCGCACUCAGCGUGACCGUGAUGUCUGCCAAACACACCUUGCUACACUGUGUGUUCGGCACUUUCUUGAUCCUCGUGAACAGCGUCUCCAGGCCUUUUCACGCUCUUUCCAAGGACUUACUGCAGCUGAUGAAAAGGCCCAAUUGGUUGAGCAGUUUUUGCAAUAUCUAUUUCAACAAAUGGAAGUAGACCCAACAUGGCAAAUGGCCAGUGACAUACAGAUCAACCUUGCUCAGCACACAAUAGAAAGAGCUAUCAUGAGUCAAAUAUAUGUUCAUGCAUUGUACCCAAAUGGAGAUGGAGAUGUUCUCAGAGAUCAGUUGUUGCACCAGCACAUACAAAAGCUGUCAUGUGUUGUUACUGUGGAUCACCGAGACCUGCGGAUCCCACAGGCCUAUCAUGCUGAGAGCCCCUGGCCAAGUGCUCAGGCUCAGCUAGGGGCCCUGGCAGCCCACAAAAGCCCGCACGACAAAGUAGCUUGUGUGGCUGCUUGUUGUGCCUCGCUUGCAAGUCUACUGUCAGCUGCUGCAGGUGCCCCAGCAGCAGCCGACGACCUUGUGCCUGUGCUUGUCUUCGUGAUCAUUCGUGCAAAUCCACCCCACCUGCUUUCUACCAUCCAGUUUGUGGAAACCUUUCAAAGUGCCACUCGGUGCUGCCAAGGGGAGGCUGCAUACUGGUGGACUCAGUUUUGUGCUGCUAUUGCAUUCAUCAAGACUAUGAAGUAACUACUGAAGCCCACACUCGUACUGCUGGAUUGGACUUUUUUGGUACACCUACUUUGGUGAUUGAAAAAGAUAGAAAAAAAAAAGAAAGGCCAACCUGUGCUCCACAGCUCCUCCAUCAUUCUUUUCCCUUUAUGGUACUGGGAGCUUGGAGCAUACAAUAUAAUAUUUUCACUGGCAAGACAAUUUAUUUAGUGCAAAGCUCAAGAAGGACUUUAAUAUGCCACCAUCUACAGUGGCAGAUAACAGUCUUGUAUGUUAGAAGUUUUGUUAUAAACAUGUGGCUGCCUUGUUUGUAAGAGAAAGUGAUAAGACCACUGAUUAAAGGGUGUUUAUUUGCAGUUGGUGCAACAUUCUGUAGCUGUAGCUUUGUCAUGUUUGUAGCUGUGUGUGAAAGUGUUUUACUUUUGCAACCUAGUUUAAGCAGCUCAAUUAUAAUGUUACCUGACAAAAAGAAGUAAGGUCUACAACAUAAGUUGCACUGUCGCCAUAAAAUCAGCUACAUUGCCUUGCUAGUGUGUCUUUUCGAAGUGCCAAGCACAUCAAGUAAAUUUGGCUUUGCUUGAUAGAUCUUCAUCACAGUGAUGCAAUGCUAUAGUUUUCACAUGUUCAGAAAUAACUCACUAGGGACUGUCUUACCUAAAUUUAGUCAUAUGAUAUAAAUGAGGCUGGCAUUCAGUCUUUGAAAAAAAAAAAGUAGGCCCAUUGAUUAGUUAUAGGUGGCUGGCAGAGUUACUACUGUUCAGGAAUUAUUUGAUACUCCCUUGCACUUGUGUGCAAUUUCACACCAAAGACUAUCGGAAUCACAAUAAGUGAUACUAUUACUGAAGCAACAGGACAUAUUUUUUAAUUGCUCCUUGGUCAGCUCAAGACCUUUGUACAGUUGAAAUAGAUAUAUUGCAGGCCAAGUACAGUAGUGUAUUAUAACAUACACAAUGCUAUCUGGUAGUUUGCAGACUAGGUGGCAGGGGCUUGCUUAUCGUUUUCCUUUGUGAGUUGGUUGUGGUUAGAAAGGAUUGAUUUGUGACAACUUUGGUGCUGUAUACUACAUAUUAAGUUUAACCGUGUACAUUAUGCAUCUUAAUGACAUUGGUUUUGUGCUUCCAAACUGUGAAAAAAAUCUGCAAGUCAGUUGAUGUCUGCAUUUAUGUAGCUGAAUGAGCUGGAGCAAAAAGUCAAUUUUUCAUUACACCAAGUGACAGUUUCAAUUUCAUGUAUUUACUGAUCGUCCCUACUUACCCCGUGGUUUAUGAGCGUUCAUCUGGAAAAGUGUCAUUAUGUGAACUCUACCCCUCGGGCAAGAUGGUUGUGCCAUGUCAUGUCAGAAGAUAACAUAUUAUUGUAAAUGACAAAGGUUUCUACAUGCAGGCUUGUUCAGCCUGCAAAAUGUACGGGAUUGCCAUUAUUAUAGUGACACACUUUUACAGCAUUGCAAACUAAAGCAGAUUGUGUUAUCUAACAUUCUAUGUUUCCCUCAAAACAGGGCUUGGAGCAUUUCAGCAGCGAGUAUUCUUCUAUGGAGUAAAUUUGGCAUAUUGCAGGUAAUUGGUGCAUGUUUAAGAACUAAAAUGUUUACAAUCUAAGGUAACCUUUAUUUGCUCAUUUUAGAUAACCAAGUGUGGAACAACACAGCUUUUUUAUUUAACCCUGCAGGAAUGGUAAAAUUCCAGGAUGCAAUGCCUCAUUACUUGUCUGGCAGCAAUAAGCGACAGUGAUAUGUUUUGUUACUCCUCUUUAAGUGACUAGGGCAUAUGCUGGUUAGAUCUGAAUAAUUUUUAUUUAGGCUAUAGAUCUAUCUGAAUUGUUGAAGCACCCAGCUUGAGCUACUGGUAGUACUACUUUUCAUUUGCGAAAACGCUGAUAGAAAAGUAAUGGGUUAUGUAUUUGAAGCUGUGCCCGAACUACACUUUGUCUCGACAGCAUGGAAGUUAUGUGCAUGUUUGUGUUCAUAGUGCAUUAAAACGAGAAAAGCCAGCAGUCA